AUGAAGUUUUUGUUACAAUCUCUAGUAAUAAACAAUUUGACGAGCUCAAGUUCUGUUGUUGUUAAAAUAUUUGAAAUCAGAAGCCUCAAAAGAACAAAACAAGUACAUGGAAAUAAAAAUUCGUUAAAUCUAGUUUUCAACGAUGCCGAAAAAAUUCUAAGAAUUAGCGAACCUUUCCAAAGGAAAUCAACCACCCAAGCGCAAUCUCAACUGUGCUUGUGGUUGAAAUAUUUAUCAAAUCAAAAAUCAGAAGCGUUACAAAUUUGA